AGGGCGGGCCGUACCACUACUGGCUCCGCCCCGCCGCGCGGGCGCGGCGAGGUUUGUCCGUCGCGGGACGCCGUCCCCCCGCCAUGGCGGCGUUCGCGCGGCGCAAGGCGCAGUGCCUCGCGCGGUCCGACCCCAGCCGGAAGCGCGCGCUGGACGCGCGAGCCGCGGAGCUCGUGCGGCUCCUGAACGCGCGCGAGCGCUUCUGCAGCACGAGCUCGUGCGACGGCAGGGUGACCGUGACGGACACAGACGGCACGGGGAUCCAGAAGAAGAACUGCACGUGGCUGCUGGUAACACAUGACCCGUGUGUCAAAGGCGAUGUGAUGACAGCACUCGAGAAAGCCACAGGUGAUGUUGUGUUCAAGUUUGAACCGUUUGUUCUUCACGUGCUGUGUCGGGAGCUGCAGGAUGCACAGCUGCUGCAUUCAGUGGCUAUUGACUCUGGGUUCAGGAACUCUGGUAUUACAGUUGGCAGAGGAGGAAAAAUUACAAUGGCAGUGCGGAGCACUCACUGCUUAGAAGUUCCACUGAGCCACAAAGGGAGAUUGAUGGUCUCCGAAGAAUAUAUUGAAUUUCUGGUACAUGUAGCCAAUCAGAAAAUGGAAGAAAACAUACGGAGGAUUGACAGAUUCCACAAAGGCUUGGAGCUAGCUCUGGAAGCUGCUGUCCCUGCAGACACUUUGUUUCCCGAGGGGCCAGAGGAGAGCCACUCUGUGUACAUGCGCAGAAGAAAGAGACGGACAGCUCAGGAACACGCUGAUUCCAGCAGAGAGCUGGAACCCCAUGAUGAUACUGAGAGCAGUCUUGGUCUGUUUGCUGAAAUCAUGAUAUAGACUAAGACAUUUGAAAGCAAAUGGUGAACUGAAAAAGUUACUGUAAUGCUCUUUUUAAGAGACUUAUAUACUCCUGUGCUCCUAUUAGUAAUAUUCUCAUGGAUAUUGACCAGAAAAAAAGGUAAUUAACAGAAUUGUGAGCAGGUGCAGCUACAGGACACAGAGAACAAAGCUGUAGAAUGUUUUGGGAGUUUUUAAAGUGUACCGUUGAAUUAACAAAGUGGUACUCCAUCAAUUAUCCCAGAAAUAACUGGUUUGCUGCAGCUUUUCACUCUGUUCUCUGUGGUAGCAUUUCACUUCCAGCUUCCUGGGUUUUGCGGAGCCAGCUGGCUCUGCAGGUUUCUCCUUCAGGAAGGGGAAGACAAGCAUUGAAGACUGAAGACCAUCCACUUGUGAGACAGCCAAUACAUGUGGUGGAAACACAGAAACUUUACAAAGUAGCCUGUGUGCACCGGUCUUAGACCUCCUGUGUGUUUGGGCAGACUGGUUAAAGUAUGACUCAACCCAGGGGCAUAAUUUCUAACAGUGCAGAGCUGCUGGCCAGGAGCUCUGAGCAAAACUGGAGUCCCACAGCCCAUGGGGCAGCAGGCAGGUGGUGGGAGCAGCCCACAGCAGGGCAAAGCACUGCAGCUCCUCAGGUGUGGGGACAUGGCUUCUGCCACAGGUGCUACCUGCAGCAUUGUCGGGAUGUGGGCUUGUGUCAGACCUUUGCAGUCUCCAUUUUCCACAGGCCUUCCUCUCCACUCUGAAGGUCAGCUGCCUGUCUGGGCUGAACUGAAACCCCAGGGCUUCCAUCAACAAAAGCAACAUCUGCCUCUAUGCAGAGGGUCCUCCCCAGCCUGCUACCUUAGCAAAGCCCUGGGGAACCCCUGUUGCCAUCCCCACUGCUGGGAGACCCACUGUUCCUGCAGAUCCCUCUUCACCGCCUGGGGGGCACGUCUUGCACACAGAGGAGGGAAUUGUUGCUUAUAGAUUUCAGGGAGUUUGUUCAGAAUAGUCUGAACCCUCCUCUGCAUGUGACAUUUCUUAGAAUGUCUGGCACUGGUCUGUUGGACAUGGCUCAAGGGACUGAUGACACCCAGCACCAACCACAAGCAGUGCCCACAGACCCUGUAACAGUCCAAACCCUCACCCUGUGUAACAGCACUACAGUAUUUACAUUCUGAGAAAUACAGUUUGUCAGAAACUCAUCUCGCAUUCCUCUGAAAAAUGAUUAAAAAUUCAGGAAGACUUUUUGGCAUCUUAACACAAAAAUGUUACCCUGUUUGCAUCUUGUUACUUUAUUCCCUUCAUCACCAAUGAUUGAAGACUGUUGAGGAUCUCGUACUAAAACUUGACACUACAACAAGACAAACAGAGAAGAAUCAGGGAAACGUUACUUCGGUAUGUAGAAGAGUUUGUGCAACAUUUUUCUGGUUUGUUUUGUUUUGUUUUUUUUUUUUUUUUUUACCCCAUCCAAGGUUGCAGACAGUGAUGCUGAGGAGGUUUCACCACCCUGACAGUGUUCUGGCACCAGCAACACCUUCCUUCAUGCACCACUGCCCUUAGACCUUGCCCCACACUCACCCAAGUUCCACCAGCUCAUUUUGAGGUUAAUUUUGUCAAGCUGUGUUUUAUUUCCAGCUGCUGUAUGGGAUUCUCUUGGGCUGUCAGUGUGCAGAGCACAGGCAGCAAUUGGGAAGAGCAUCCAGAAGCAGCUGGAGGCAGCACCCCUGAAAAGGGGAUUCUAGGGGUUAUGGCUGCCUGGAAAUUCACCAAUAAGCAACAAGACUCCUAAAACUGUCAAAUCUUUAUCAUUUCGAAGUGUGCUUAGCCACUUAAUUAAUCUAAAAGGUAUUUUUAUACUUGCUCUCACUGUGUUAAAUUUUUUAAAAUUACAAUUUCA